CUAGUACAACAGUUUUAACAGAAAAAUGUCAAAAGAAGUAAACACAGAGGAUAAUUUCCUCCUAAGCAGUGAAAAUCUGCGAGCAUCACCUGAACUUUGGCCUGAAAAAAUACCUGGAAGUGAUAAUUUUGCAAAGUCUGCACAUAAAUUGGCACGAGAGAACGAAAAAGGCUUAACACAAGAGGACAUCAGACUUAUUUACCAGCUCGGACAGCUUCCAAAAUCAGGAAUAAUAACAGAAAUUAAAAGAUUGUACGAUGAAGGAUAUCAACUUGGGUUAGAUGAAGGGAAAGAAAUCACUCGUGGAAAAUAUCUCAACAUCUUUGCUCAAGGCACACUCAGCAAUCGCAAGAAAUGAAUCAACUUAAAAAAAUUUUCAUUUUCAUUUUAAGAAUUCAAAUAAAAAGCAUAAUUAGAGUCAUUAAAUUUUUCAUUUUUAUUGAAACAUAAAAUUACAAUCGUCACUUUCAAUAUAUUUACAUCAAAUACGAGUAAAAAGAGAAAAAAUACAAAUUAUUUCCACAUUUUAUGCUGCAUCAUGAUUAAUAUAAUAAAUCAUUAAUAAAACGAAAAUAAAUUUUCACUUUAAAUACC